CUAGCACUCCAACACUAAAGCCAGAACGGUACUAAUGCUAAAACACGAGGCUGAAGUUGGCUUACUAUUUGCCUGUUCCUUGUUUUCAUUUGCCCCGUUCCACCUUAAAUGAAGAGAAUGUAACUGCUGCACCAUUUAAGGUGGAACGGAAACAUUCGAGCAAGAAGCUGGUUUAGCACCGUCGCUAAACGGGGUGGAUAAUUUUAGCUGGACGCUAAGUAACGCUAAGCUUGGAUUUCAGUGUACAAUACAGGCAUUAAGACGACAUAAGCCAGCACUGUUUACUCAAAUAUCAUAUUGUUUUUACACGACGUAUAAAACUGCCAUAUAUUUCCUGCGCUUACCUGAUGUUUUAGGUCUGAAUGCCGUGAAGCCGCAAUUUCAACACUCUGUCAUUGGCGGACACACAUUUCAAAAUAAAAGUCGCGUAGCAAAAUAAAUGCCUAAAAUCCAGUGACCCAGUCCUUCCCUUUUUACAGAGCUCAGGUUAAUGUCAGUCCUUGAAUGACUUAUGAGAACACAAUGUUAAGAAAAACUAUAUAUAAUGAUAUGAAAAGCUAUGAAUUUCAUUAUUUCAUUUUAAAAGAAAUAAAUGCACUUCGGCACUUCUACAUCCAUCACCAUAGUCAUCAACAUGUCUAGGGUUAUUUUACGCCUGCAGUCCAAAAAUGUGUAUUUGUGUUCUAGCUAGAGCGGGUAAUGUUUUCCCACCCCCCACAUUUCAAGCAAGUAAAAGCUUGUGCGGAGACUUCAGUUUCGCGUUUUGAAAGGCCGCCGUGAACAGCGUGGUCUGUCUGACUCCACCCCCGCCUUAACCCGCUGUUUUGGUGGCGUGGUUUUGCAGGCCGCGUUUAAAAAGUUAUCAAGCGUGACUUUCAUCACUGCCCUGUUUGUAAUAUCUCUGUAGCGCGUCUGUCUUGUUGCUGCAUGUCUCUGCGUGAACCACGAUCCCAGUUUUCAAUGCUAGCUAGGCAGCUCACAUAAACUUAGUGGCACUGGUUUAGUUUCAAUCAAAUUCUCGCGUUAGGAAUCGCUUGUCGCCCUGUCAAGCGUUACGGCGUCGUCCUGUGAAUAGGAUGAUUCAGACCCUGAGAGGUGUGAGACACUUGGCCACAGCAGCUAUGAAACACAGAGUGUCAGAGUUUCAUGUGCCUGUUCCAUGGGGAGAGAUAAGGGGCAGGAUUUGGGGUCCAGAUAAUGGGCGUCCAGUGCUGUGUAUUCAUGGCUGGUCAGACAACAGUGGCUCUUUCAACAACCUGAUUCCACUGCUGCCCAGCGAUUGGAGAUGUUUGGCCAUUGAUUUGCCUGGUCAUGGCUUCUCCUCUCAUAGACCUGCAGGUGUUUUCUAUGGCUUUCCUUACUAUGUUGCAGACAUGAGACGAGUCGUAGAAGCUCUUCAGUGGAACCGCUUCUCCAUAAUAGGACACAGUAUGGGUGGAAACGUAGCUGGAAUGUUCAGCGCAUUGUAUCCGGAGAUGGUGGAGGCCCUAGUGCUCCUGGACUCUUAUGGGUUUCUCCCAGCACACAAGGAAAAAAUAAACAGAAACCUUAGGAAAGGCAUGGAUGAAAUGAUUGAAUAUGAAAAAAAGAUGACUGAAUGGAAAGAAAAGAUCUACACAUACGAGGCAGCCAAAGAAAGGCUGAAGGAGGCAAAUCCAUCUCUUUCAGAUCAGUCUGUUCAGAUCCUUCUAGAACGAGGAGUUAAGCAGGUGGACGGAGGCGUGGUGUUCAGCAGGGACAUGAGAAUCAACUUUACUAACAUUGCACGAAUUGACUUGGACCAGAGUCUGUGUUUGCUGGCACAGAUAAAAGCUAAAGUACUAGUACUGUGGGCCAGUCAGGGUUUGCUAAAGAUCUUUCCCCAACCUGAAGACUUAUUUGAAGGCUUACAAAAGGCCUUGGAAACCAGAAACACUAUUGUGAAAGUCGAAGGAGACCAUCACAUCCACUUGAACAACGCGUCAGUUGUGGCACCAAUCAUCACUGACUUCCUGCAGUCUGUGACGCCUCAACACACUAUCAACCAAGCUGCCAAAUUAUGAAUUCAUAAUCAGGGCCCAGUUUCCCAGAAGCAUCUUAGAGUUAAGAUCAUCUCAACUGGUAGACAGUGUUCAGUGUGAUGCACGCUGUACCUUUUAAAGAAUUAUCUUUAGCUAAGAUGCUUUUGGGAAACCCAGCUGGUUUCAGUACUCUCACAAGUAAUAUAGAUUUUUUUUUUUCCAGGUCAUUAAUGUCCAUACAUGUUUAUGCAAAUGAACAAAGUCAUAUAGUAAGAUAAUGUUGUGAUGGGUAUUUUCAUUUAAAAAUGUGUGCUGUAAACCAGUGUCCAGUUUUGGAGCGGCACGAUAUAAAUGCUGAACUGCAAAUGAAACAUUUCAGCAAAAUACACUGAUCAUAACAUCAUGACCACCUCCUUGUUUCUACACUCACUGUCCAUUUUAUCAGCUCCACU